AUGGACGACGGACUAUACCUUCCGAUCCCCAGCCACCUUCUGUUUCCAUAUCCUGAGAUCUCCCACGGCUUCGAUGAUGAGUUCCUAGCGUGUACUCACACACACACCUGCAACGUUCCAUCAUGGCCGGCCGCGGCGCACUCCCACACGUGCCUGCACGCGCACACCCAAGUCAUAGCUUCCGGCGAAGAUCACGCGGAGCAUGACCAGCUGAGGAAUCUCCGGAAGCCUCUGGGGAACCGUGAGGCCGUGCGCAAGUACCGGCAGAAGAAGAAAGCCCACGCAGCCUUCCUCGAGGAGGAGGUCAAGAAGCUCCGCGCCGCCAACCAGCAGCUCCUGAGGCGGCUGCAGGGCCACGCGGCGCUGGAGGCCGAGGUGGCGAGGCUGACGGGCCUCCUGCUCGAUGUCCGAGGCAAGAUCGAUGGGGCUGAGAUCGGCGGCCGGCCGUUCCAGGAGCGGUGCAGCUUCGGCUCUGUCGUCGGCACUGCUGCAGAACCGACAGCACCAUGCUUUGAUUCUGGCAGUGCUGAGGUACCAGCGGCCUGGGAGACUUGCGAGAUCGAUGGCGGUGGCAUCGUUUCGGGAGAACUUGGUGUUCCUGAAGUGGUGGAUGCUGUUGCCAGCUUCGUGAACUCUCCUGCAUAA